AUGGCCUAUCUUUCGGUUCAUUGUGCUGCUUUGCUUAGUGAAGAAUGUUCAGGUUCUUGCUAUAAAAUUAUAAUUGAGAUUGAUAAGCUGCUGUCAUUGGACUUGAAGGAUUCUGGGUUGAGAUGGGUCGAUGGAUUCGACAUUGGCCAUCUCCCUAUUCUUGUUGUAAUCUUUCUUGUUUUUUAUUUGUUCUUUCUCGUAAAGGUGAAUUCUGGUUUUUCGUUGGAUCCAAUGACACAGCAGGCGAAGAGCCACGAGAAUUCGAAUGAGGAUCAAGAGCCAGGACAGAAGAAUUCUUGCACUGAAACAAGAAUCCCAGAAUUCGACAAAGCUGCUCAGAGAUUGUCUUCUGAUUCUCAAACUCCUGUUGGUGGAACCACUGGGAAUGAUAUGUUCAUGGUUGAUCUGGGGCAAAGCUCUUCGAGACGAGCCACUAUAACACCAAUAAAGAAGUUAUUGUCAGAAGAAAUGUCAAAAGAAACUGAUGUUAAAAGAUGCUCGUCAAGUGUUAUUGCCAGAGUAUGCCAUUGGUGA